UCACUAAAAAUCCAUCUUCUCUGUCUUUAUCUUUUUCCUACCUUCUCGGUCUCUUUUAUUUAGUCUCAAGCAAAAAUGGAAGGACGUACGAAGCUUGAAGUCUCGAAAACCUCUACUUCUCUUGGUACUGUUGAAUCAAAACCCCAGGAGGAAGUGGUUCCAACUGAAGCACCCAUUGAAUCUUCCCACAAUGAGGAUAUUGUUCUUGAAGCUGUCGAAACAACCCCACAAGAGGAUACUGUUCCCAUUGUAGCGCCCAUAUCUUCCUACAAUGAUACGAUACUCGACAUUUCAGACAGGCUCAGGAACUUGGAUCUGAUGAAAGAAGGGAUCCAGGUCCCGACUAUAGUUGUCAUCGGGGACCAAUCCUCUGGAAAGACAAGUGUUCUUGAGUCUCAGGCUGGAAUCAGGUUGCCUCGAGGGCAAAUCCAUUAAAUAAACCGAAGUUUUUCAUCUUUCAAACUUAGAUACCUUCAAAAUACUUGGAUUCUCCAAGCCUCAGCUCUUAAUUCCAU